GAUUACAGGCGUGAGCCACCACGCCCAGCCCUUUGCCCAUUUUUAAAUUAGAUUGAGCCUGCCUGUUUUUGUAUUUAGAGUUACGAUUCUAAACUUGCUGCUCUUCAGAAGCUAGAGUAAAUAUUGCAUCUUAUUAUCCUAAGCCACAUGUUUGCUGAGAACUUAGGCUACUUCAGGUGUAAGGCUACCAAGAGCCUACACAGGCACCAGAGAUGAGGAGGGAGAGCAGGGCUGCAAGAGGCAGGGGCCAAUGCUUUAGAAGGUCCAUAUUGCUCUGGGAAAGCUGGCCCAAGGGCAGCCAUUGCCAUCUCUGUCCUCCAGGUCAUCCUGGAACUCUUUGCAGAGAUACUAGGAAAGCAACUCACGUUUAUCUCUGGAAAGACUCAGGUUCCCAGGCCUCGGGCCUGCCCUUUCAUCUGUGUUUCUUCUAAGUAUUGCAACAUCCAGCAGGCCUCUAUUCCACAGUCCCCUGGGUGAGGGGAAUGUGCUCAGGGGCCCUUGACCUGCUAGCCUGGGAUCAGGGAACAACGCCCACAGCCUAACUCUUGGGAACAGACAAUCUCCAGCCAAAGCUGCAAAUGACUGAAAACGAGGGCUGGUCAGAUGGGUGGUCAGCUUAUAUCCCCUCGACACCCCCCCCCAACUACAUUCCAAACAAAUGGAACUGUGGAAACUAGUUCUGCUUUGCCAGCCAGCACAGCUCCCUCCCAGUCUGAAACCGAUGAAUUCUCCUCAAUUCUGGGAAGAAACUCUCUCAACAAGAGGGGAAAAGGAAGCCAAGAACCCAGAAGUCCAGUCAUGUUCUCCCUGAAUAAUUCUCCCACGGGGGACUCACUGUCUCUGGCUUUGGUUAUGUUUUCAAGUGAUUGAAGGGAUGGUCCCCACAGGAGACCGUCUUACAUAGGCAGUCAUUAUAAUGACCUGUCUAAUCUCUCUAAUGCCUAGUAGGCUCUGCCUAGCUUGUGGUGAUGGGAGGAAGCAUGUGAGCAUGAUGUGAGGGGGUGCUGGCUCCCCACAGUCCAGAAUUCUCCAGGAAAGUCAUACUUCUGAGUCUUGGAAAACUUUGUAUCUUAAAGGUUUAAUUUUUUUUUUUUUUUUUACUAAAAGGCAUGUACCCCUUAGCUAGGGUUGAUUUAAUAUUCAUCAGGUAAUAACCAGGUUUUACAAAGAAAUGUUGGAUGCCACACAGGAGAGGUUCUAGUAGAAGAUAAAGAUGCACAAAACAUACUUUGCCACUGUUUUUUUUUUUUUUAAUUGAGGUGAAAUUUGCAUCACAGAAAAUUAACCAUUUUAAAGUGUACAAUUCAGUGGUAUUGAGUACAUUCACAAUGUUGUGCCACCAUCACCCCCAAAGGAGACCCUGUGCCCAUUAAGCCAUCACUCCCCCACCUUCUUUUCCCAGCCUGCCCCUGACAACCGCGAGUCUGCUUUCUGUCUAUGUUUUUACCUAUUCUAGACAUUUCAUAUAAAGGGAAUCAUAUAACAUGUGGCCUUUGUGAACCAUUGUUUUGGUAGGCAUUCUCCCCCCUCCAAGUCUGCUGUCCUUGGCCAAGAUCAGGGACUAAACUUUCUAAAUAUCCAGAAUGAAUGAAAGCUCCCUGCUUAAAUCAAUAGUUCUAACAACCCACAAAAGUAUUUUCCAAUCAUUAUAAUGACCUCUCUACUCUCUCUAAGGCAUAGUGCUAGGUAAUGAAGUGGACUCUGCCUAUCAGGAUGGACAAGCCCUGAGCGAAGGGGGAGUGGGUAAGGCCUGAGGUGUCUCCAGGCUGCCUGGGGACCCGGGACCCAGGCCAGACAAGCAGCAGCUCCGGGGCUGCGGGAAGGCCCAGCCCUGCACACACAGCGCUGGCUCUCAUGCACCUCUGAGGAGCCUGCUGCCUCUGACCACACCUUGUGUGUGCGGUUCAGGAAUACCCAAGUUCAUCCGCCAAAUUCAGGAUACAACCCUGACUGUUCCGGGCUUUUCUUUCUGCCUUUCCCUAAUCUCGUCUGGGCGUGCUCUCUUAAAGGGGAAGUGGUGCGUUCUGACUGGCCAGGGCCCUCAUCCAGGAGCCAGGAAACGUCUACUACCACGAGUCGCGUUGCCCAGCGUGUCACUGGCUCAGCCUCCUUAUCCAAACGGCAAGGCAGCCUCCCCGGGAUGUGGCAUAACCACACCCUACUUCAAGACAACUUCCUGUUUGCCGCUGCCAACUGCCACUCCAAGGAGAACAGAAAUGGUUCCGUUAUUAGUGGCUGCUGUGGGACCACGACAGUCUGUGGGAUUUGGGGGCCCUGGCCUUGGUGUCCAAAAGUGAAGAAGUCCCUGCUGCACUGUGUGUUCUCUGAUGUGGAAGUGCAGCCUGGCACCUGCUCUGCCUCCUGCAGCCAGGAUCCUCCCUCCACGGGGCCUGGCAAGCCAUGAAGCCUUAGCUCAAGGCACCAGGGCAAAGGCCACUGAUGCUGCCUCAAGACAGCAUUGAGAAGAUUCGGUCCAGCGGUUCAGAGAGAAGACACGGUUCAAUGUGUAGACCUUCUCCCUCUCCAGUGUCUCCAGCCUCCAAUCCCAGGACAUCACUAGUACAGGUGAAAACAAAAGCCUGUCUCAGCGGCCAUCACUCUGCCAGCAGCACCUCAAAGCCAUUCAAAACGCCCAAAGACAAUCUACUUACCUCCAGCAGCAAACAGCACACAGUCUUUCCUGCGAAAGGAUCAAGGGAUAAACCAUGCGUUCCGGUUCCUGUAGUCAGUUUAGAGAAAAUUCCUAACCUAGUGAAGGCAGAUGGUGCCAAUGUCAAAAUGAACUCUACAACCACUACUGCAAUUUCUGCCUCCUCCACCUCAUCCUCUGCCGUCUCCACCCCUUCUUUAAUUAAGCCUGUCCUGAUGUCCAAGUCAGUGCCACCUUCACCAGAGAAGAUCUUAAAUGGCAAAGGAAUUCUGCCAUCCACCAUAGACAAGAAACACCAAAAUGGCACCAAAAACAGCAACAAGCCUUACAGGAGACUUUCAGAGAGAGAAUUUGACCCAAAUAAACACUGUGGAGUAUUGGAUCCCGAGACAAAGAAACCUUGCACAAGAUCCCUCACCUGCAAGACACAUUCGCUAAGCCAUCGGAGGGCAGUCCCAGGCCGGAAAAAGCAAUUCGACCUCCUCCUGGCAGAACACAAAGCCAAGUCCCGGGAAAAAGAAGUUAAAGAUAAAGAGCAUCUCCUGACUUCCACGAGGGAAAUACUUCCCAACCAAUCCGGGCCGGCGCAGGAUUCUCUGCCAGGGUCUUCAGGGAGCUCUGGGCCAGAACCGAAAGUUGCAUCCCCUGCAAAAUCCAGGCCACCUAACUCUGUACUUCCUAGACCACCAUCUGCAAAUAGCAUAAGCAGCAGCGCGUCUUCGAAUCAUAGCGGCCACACUCCAGAGCCCCCACUCCCACCUGUUGGAAGUGACCUCGCCAGCCGACUGUCCAGUGAUGAAGGGGAGAUGGACGGAGCCGACGAAUCCGAGAAGCUAGACUGUCAGUUCUCCACGCACCAUCCCAGACCUCUUGCGUUUUGCUCAUUUGGGAGUCGCCUCAUGGGACGAGGGUACUAUGUUUUUGAUAGAAGAUGGGAUCGUUUUCGAUUCGCACUAAACUCCAUGGUAGAAAAACACCUGAAUUCACAGAUGUGGAAGCACAGAAACCCGAGCCACAGGGCAUCAGGUCCCUCCCCCCUGUUCAGGACUUGCCUAACCAAUCUGCUGUCACUGAGCAACAUUGGGGCUGCCUGGGUGUCAACUCUGGAGAGCGUAGCACCCCGCUACCCUCUCAACCUCGCUGCCCAAACCCCAGGCCCCGGCGGGCCCGAACCUGGAGGGAUGGCAGCCGAUGGGGGCGUGGAAGACAUUAGGAAGAAAAGGAACGGCCAAGACUCUUUUUUCUUUAACAAGCAUUUAACUCUGCAUCAGGAGCCGCCAACACAGUAUUCUCUUUCAGCCAGGAAGAUCCCUCCUGCGGCAGAUAGCCCCCUGCCCUCGCCAGCAGCCCACAUCACCAACCCUGUUCCAGCAUCCGUUUUGCAGCCUUUCAGCAACCCCAGUGCUGUGUAUCUUCCUUCAGCUCCCAUCAGCUCGAGGCUCACCUCUUCUUACAUAAUGACAUCAGCCAUGCUCUCAAACGCAGCUUUCGUGACAUCGCCGGACCCGAGCACCCUCAUGUCCCACACCACAGCUUUCCCUCAUGUGGCCGCAACCCUCAGCAUCAUGGACUCAACCUUCAAGGCCCCAUCCGCCGUGUCCCCGAUACCAGCUGUCAUCCCUUCCCCAUCCCACAAGCCAUCCAAAACCAAAACCAGCAAAUCCUCAAAAGUCAAAGACCUGUCCACCCGUAGCGACGAGUCUCCAAGUAACAAAAAGAGGAAGCCACAGUCUUCGCCUUCCUCCUCCUCCUCCUCCUCAUCCUUGCAGACAUCCCUCUCGUCUCCACUGUCAGGGCCUCACAAAAAGAACUGUGUUUUGAAUGCCAGUUCUGCUUUGAACUCCUAUCAGGCGGCCCCUCCCUAUAACAAUCUGUCUGUGCACAACUCAAACAAUGGGGUGAGCCCACUCAGUGCCAAACUGGAGCCCUCAGGACGGACCUCGCUGCCCAGCGGCCCCGCGGACAUAGUGAGACAGGUGGGCGCGGUGGGAGGCAGCAGUGACUCCGGUCCCCUCUCUGUGCCCUCCCUUGCGCUCCACGCAGGGGACCUCUCUCUGGCCUCACACAAUGCUGUGUCUUCUCUGCCCCUCUCUUUUGACAAAUCAGAAGGAAAAAAGCGUAAGAACUCAAGUUCUAGUAGCAAAGCCUGUAAAAUCACUAAAAUGCCUGGUAUGAAUAGCGUUCACAAAAAGAACCCGCCCAGCCUUCUCGCACCGGUGCCCGAUCCCGUUAACAGCACCUCCUCUCGGCAGGUUGGGAAAAAUAGCAGCCUAGCUUUGUCACAAUCCAGUCCUUCAAGUAUAUCCAGCCCAGGACACAGCCGACAGAAGAACACAAACAGAACGAGCAGGAUAAGGACUCUUCCAUAACAAGACUAUGAAGCCACUUCCACACCAAUUCCAGGCCACCUAAUCCCAUCCCAGGAGGCCACGGGGAGGAGGAGGGAGGGGAGUGGGCUGGAGGGAGAGUCUGUUUUCUGUGUACUCCCUGUGACUCUGGCCUUUCUUCUUCUUUUUUAAUUGACCAAUUUUUAGUUUUAAAGAAAAAGGCAAAAGAACGUGAAUUUGAGAUUUACAGAAAACAGUUCCAGUGUUUGGUUUCCGUUGUCUUUUCUUUCAUUUGCCAUGUUUUUACAUUCUUCCAAAUUUGGGGUCAUUCCCCUAGCUCCUGAUGCUGCUACUGUACCAUCCUUUUGCUCCAGCCAUGACAGUAGACAUUGCAGAAUGUUGGUUCAGGUUGGCAUGCUCUGAAGCUCUUGAACUUCAGCACAGGCAGAGCCCUUUUUCUUCCUGUCCUCUCCACCCGAUCCCUUCCGUCCCCACAUCUGCCACUUUCUGGGUCCUCACUGGCCUUCAAAGGACCUGGCUCUCCUAGGAUCCCCUCAGGACUGCCUGCAGGGAGAGGGGACUUUGCUGGGGAGGAGCUGAGAGUGGAGCGUUGGAGGGUGGGUGGGGUUCCCUCAUCGGGUUUCCACAGCCCACCAUGGCUGGAGCCAAAUGCUAGAAGCAAGAUUGAGAACAGUGGCCAUUUAGUCAUGUGGUUUACCUAAUACCACUGGCCAGCUGUGCAGCUCAGAAAGGAUAAACCAGUCAGGGACAGGGGCCAGAACAGGUUUGGGAAGGUGGCAGCAAACAGAGCAUGGUGGCUAGGAGAUGACCCCUAAAAAAAAAACUGGGGACUGUGGUGGUCUGAGCUGGUCAGGAAUCUACAGAAUCCCUUCCAGGGAUCAGUGUGCCCAUGCCCACAGCAGGGUGAACUAGGAGGGAGAAAUCCCAGGAAAAAGGUCAUGAGAACCCAGAAAGCCACUCCAUGAGGAGGCACAGUGACCACAGCUGCUAAAGGUUCUUAGGCUGCCUUCCUGGGCUAGGAAGAGCCCUCCAGGGAGAGCUUCUGCAAAAGGGUAUGUGUCACACCUUUUGUGAGAAGAAAUAAUAGCAUUUCCCACCCACCCCCAUGCCCUGGGCCACAGGGACCUGGUGGGAUCAGCACACCCAUGGAUCAGCUUUUGCUGUGUGAGAGACAGCCAUCCCCAAGAAGGAAUGGUAAGGACAGCCACUGCUCAGUGAAGAACAGCCAUUUGGAAGAGCCAUGCUGGAGCCCUGCAGCCAUAGAACUAUUCACACUGGAGUUUUGAAAAAAACAGCAAUACCGUCAGCUCUAGUAGGGAAUCAUAAUCAGGAAAGGAAUUCACAACAUAAAAUAGGUGUUCUGUGCUAUUAAUCAUGUAACUUUGCAUACGAUGUAUAGCAGAGAUACUGGGAGGUUUUGCUUCAUCCCUAAAUCAGAAAUGAAUGCUAGUUUCACAGCUGGGCAGAACCCUCAUCCCCAACCAGAAGUUUUCCUUUUCUUUCCCAUUCCCCCAACCCAAAGAUCAGACCACUGUUAGGUUUCACCACACAAUUGGAAUUGCAAAGACGGGAGGCAAAUGGAGUGAUUUGCGUCAAUGGAAUUGCACUGACAGUGAGUGUUUCUUAUAGGAUUACUAAAUUUUUUCAUACGAAAUGAUUUUUUUAAAAAUCAGGAGUUGAUAUUAAGUACCAGGACAUUAGUUCGGAUGAUUUCAUUUUUAUUUCUGCAGUGUUAAAAGUGCACUUAUAUGCUGGUUUAUUUACGUCUUGGGGAAAGAGACUGCAAAGUGAAGGGACGAUUGUUACUUUUUCUUUUUUAAAAAAAAAAGUUAAGGCAGAUUUUAAGACUUAUAAAUGUUUAAGAAAUUAUAAACAAGGUUAGACCCUUUGAAAAAAAAUUUAGAAGAUAUUCUUAAAGUAAAUUUUUAUAGUGUUAAUUUUGUAAUAAUUUAUGUUUUACUAUAUUGCAGAGCUAACUGACCAGAAUAGUUUCAGAAACAAUAUGAAACUUAGGAAAGUUUAAGCAAUGUUUAUAUUUUUAAACUGUUCUUUGAAUUAUGUUUUUAUUGUACAUUUCUUCAGACUAAAAAGUAUGUACAUAUCUUUGUUAUUUUUGCACAAUUUUGUCCUGUUGGGUUUCAGAGGUCUGUUGUUUUUUAUAAUUUAUUUUGAGUUGUAAAACUUGCAGGAGUAAAAACAAAACAAAAUCUCCGCAACAAAAUAACCCUCUGAUUUAUAAACUCUUAUGGUCAAAGAGGGAAAACAAAGGUUGAGAGAUUAAGUGGCUGCUUCUGAGAAAUAAUGUCUCAAGGACUAAAGGAGCAAUUCAAUAGGUUUAGAAAUUGUAGCUCUCUACAUCUUGAAUUGGAAGCUGGAAUAAAGAGCCCCCCCACCCCCCACCCCCUCAUCAAAUGCUGCUUACUUUGUCAAAAGACUGGCUAUGACCAAGGUGAGGACAUUUCUGGAAAACUGGGCAAAAAGGGAAAGCCCACGGUAUUCUUCCUUUGCAACCAACCACAGGUUUACUUUACAGUGAUGUGUUAAAAACUUGCAGCUUGAAAAACGGAAUACAAAUAAAAAUUUGUCUUAAUGGAGUUAAACUGGAGCAGCCUAUAAAACAUUUUUAGGGUGAUGUCCUCUGGGUCCUUCUGUUCUGCACACCCACUCAGUCUUCUCUCCCGGCCCCUUGACUGCACACACCCCUCUUUGCCUGAAGAUCUCCUGACUUGUCGCCAGCCAUAGAGGCUCGAAAGCUCUGGUUGUUAAGCAUAACGCAAUGCAUAGACCUGUCAGCCAUAAAAAAAGAAAAAAAAAAAAAAGAAAAAAAGAAAAAAAAAGCGACUUGGAUAACUUGUAUGCCUUCUUUUGUAUCAAUGUACCAAUUGUAAAUAACGCUGAUCAACCUUUGUAGAGAAUAGUUUAUACAGCAUAUUCUAUUAUUGCUGAUUCUCAGUGAACUCUUGUUUUAAAAAAGGAAAAAAAGAAAUUUUCUAUUUACACCUUAUAUUUUGUUAUGCUGUCGGCCCAUGGCACUUUAACAAAACUGUGGGUUUUACGUAGCUGGUCAGUCAUGGGGUAUAUUAAAUAACUGUUGUUGCACAGACAAGAAUUUGCACCUGCUCAUUUGUCCUUUCCUACUACCGAUUUUAGAAUCUUUUCCAGAAAAAUUUUGAAGAAAGCAUGUCCAAUCAUUCUAAACAAAUGCCACACUUGUGGAGUGGGUUUCUUUUCUACAAUCCAUAUUUUGUAACACUAAGUAUUUUCCUUCUUCGUCCCGCACCUUUAUGUAUUAGCACUAUCAGAUAGAGUUCAUUCCAUGCCUGUGAUAUUGUAAGCAGAAUAAAUGUCUAAAGUAGGUGUAAAUAGUAAAUUCUAUGGCUUACAGUUUUAAAAGGAAAGAACAAAUAUGUAUCUAUUGAUACUGCCAUGGUUCCUCACCAGGCCUGGAAAUAUUCUCCAGUAAGCGAUUGUAUUUUUUUUUUUUUUUUUUGUAACAUGGCUUUGUAAAUAAAAUAAUUUAUAU